CAACAUGGCUAGGGUUUAAGGUGGGCCUGGGUGUGCAGGGCUAAGUUUAGGUGUAGGGAUAGAGAUGUCAUUCAAGUGUAAGGACUCAGAUUGCAAAGCUGAGGUGUUGUCUGUACCCAGACAUCCCUUGGAGCAGUGGAAUGGGACACACCUAUGUAACUGUGUCUAAGUGUGUACCUGAGGAAUGGGAAGGGACCUAGAAACAUUUAGGGAAAGUCCUGUGUGAAGAGGGGACAGUAAAGGGACCCCCAGGAAAUGACCUCACUUCCUUCACUAUGACCCAACAAUGCAAAAUCCUGAUGACCAGGCAGCCAACUGCUUACACACAGCCCAGCAGGCUCACUUGUCCAAGAGCUUAGAGAGAGCAGGAUGUUCUCUUGUUGUCCUUGGACUACUGAAGGCUCAGGCCUGAGGAAAGAUAAAAAUGAAGGUCAGGUAGGGACCUUGAAAUUCAUGAUUCUUUCUUGCCUACACUGUCUCUGGCCAUUUGCCCAGAAGGAUACAGACUUGACCCAGGACAACCAGGGCCAGGACUACGCAAACGAGGGUGAGCAUGAGUGUGCCCCAAAGGUCGUGACGGAACCCUGUAGAGAGUCCCGCAUCAGUGCAGACAUGGUGGAAAAUCUGGUGAAUCGACUGGUGUCAUCUCUGCAGGAUGGGGACCCCUCCUUUGUCCCUGCCUUCCUGUACACUUACCAACAGUUCACCACCACACAGCAUGCGCUGGAUCUGCUGUUGAAGAGGUUUGCCUACUUCUACCUGGAUUGUGAAGAGGAUAAACACAUAAAGAGCACUCUCUGUUGCUUCCUGGACACAUGGAUAGACCAAUACCCUGAGGAGUUUAGUCAGACCAUUCUGAAAAAGUUGAAGACCUACUUGACUGUGAACAUGCCCUCCUCCGAUCUGAAUGUCCGUGUCCAUAUGCUCCUCAAGGAGUUGCGGCAAGAGUCCAAUGAGUCAGAGGGAAAAGGUGAAGACUCAGUUUCACUGCCCGUUACCUUUCUCUACAAGACUGAAUCGGCUGCAGAUUUGUCUUCAUCUGUAGAAGUGAGGAGCUACACCUCUGGAGAUUUAGAAAUGGAAGCGUGGUUUCCAUCAGGGAACGUGCAGCCAGAACCAGCUUAUCUGCAAGAGACAGAGACCCCAGAAUCCACCAUAAAGGUCAUCUCUUGGGACUAGAUGGGACAGCAGCAGCCCAGCCAGCAUACGGGCUAGCAGCUGUGGAACCUGUGUCUCACCGUGUCAGCCGACACAAUGUCCUUCUUGCAUCUUCUCCCCUUCUCGACCUUGUCCUAUCUCCUUAGAGAAUGACCCUGUCAUUAUCACCUGAGGGGUCUCUUAUAUCUGCUCUGCAGACAGCACCUGUCUGACGUACUGGCAGAACCAUUCCCUGAUUUCAAUAUAGCAACUUCCCUUGCCCCACAGCCAGCCCUCACCUCCCCCUGAGAAAUGGCCUUUUUACUUCUGUGGUUCUUUUUAUGUUGCUUUUCUUUUAAGUAUUUGUUUUAAUAAAUUGUUAGUACUC